AGGGCGGGUUUGGAACUCCUGCUGCAGCCGCUUCCGUCUCAUUAGUGGAUGCUGGGCGUCUUUGGGUCUGGUUAAAAUUUGAAUGAGUUUCUGUCUCGACUCUUUGGGUUUUUUCUUUUUGCGUUCCCUCUCGCGUGCGUUGUAAACAGGCGGGGAGCGGAAUCGACCUAAUUUCUUCUCCAGAGAAACAGUGAUAUCUCGGGAGCUGAGCCCUUCAGUGGGUAAGUUGCAGAGCUGUGAGGAUAAAAUGAUGAUAAACGUCACAAACAGAGCUCCUGUGGGAUGAAAGGAACUGCGAGUAUUUCAAGUUGAGCUGCUUAGACCUAACUUGGUUCCAGAGGACAUCCAAACAAAUAUCAUGAUGAACAGCAAUGAGCAAAGCAUUGCCACAGCGCCACAGAAGUUAUUAAGUCCAAGUCGGAGUUCCAACAGCUCUCUUAGACCAGAUAUUCGCCAGGAUAGCUGGGAGAUUGUGGAAGGACUUCGAGAUAGUAUGAGUUAUAUCCAAGAACCUCCGAAGCAAGAAGGCUACUUGCUGAAGAAGAGAAAGUGGCCCCUCAAAGGCUGGCAUAAGCGAUACUUCUCUUUAGAUAAAGGGAUCAUGAAGUACUCAAAAUCUCGUUCUGAUAUUGAGAAAGGAAAACUUCAUGGAUGUAUUGAUGUUGGCCUGUCUGUGAUGUCAAUAAAGAAAAAAGCAAAAUGCAUUGAUAUAGAUACAGAAGAGCAUAUAUAUCAUUUGAAGGUGAAAUUCCAAGAGUCCUUUGAUGACUGGGUAGCAAAGUUACAUCAUCACAGACUGUACCGCCAAAAUGAAAUUGCCAAGUUCCCACAUGAUGUGUCUAAUCACUACUUCACAAUCUCGUCUACUGCAGACUCCCCACCCAGCACUAUGGACUCCCCUUCUUUUAGAAAGUUGCAGAGAGGCAGCCUAACUAAGCAGAUGUCAUUCCACACCAGUCCGGGUUUUCCCCUGGCUUAUCCCAACAGCCAGUCUAAGGUGGCAGCAUGGUUGCAAAGUUCUGAAGAUAUAGAUAAAUGUUCAAAAGAUCUUUCUCUGUGUCAUUCAAAUUUAACAGAAUUAACACAGCUUUUACAAAGUAUGGAAGUUAUUCAUAGGACAAACUCAGCACCAGUUAUAAAUGCUAUUCAGGGAUAUGUUUUUGAAAGUCCCAAAGAGGAAAAACCUGUUCAGAGAAGGUGGCGCACCAAGAGUUUUGGGAAAGAUGCUAAAUCAACACUACAGGUUCCUUCUAUCUCGGCCAGUCCAAUGCGAUUGCAUGCAUCAAAUCCUAACCUCUCUGAGGUAUUUCAAGGAGAAAUCAAACCUUUUUCAGAUGGUUCAGAUCUGCCUUCAGAUUAUUCAAAACUGCAAGAAGACUUCUGCAACAUUGCCCAUGAAGUUCACUCUGCUUUAAAGUCUGUGUUCAAUUCCUUGGUAAUUGAAAAAGAAAAGUUCAAACAGUUGAUAUCAGAACAUGAUGCUUGCCACGCACCAUCUGCACAGAUAAUUGGUCUGAAGACUGCCUUAGCCUCGGCUUUAGCUCAGAAUGCAGAGCUCAAAGGCCGGCUGUGCAGGAUACAUGCUGAGUCUAGACUGGUAGACCCAGCUGUCACUGUAUAUUCAAGUCCAGGUUCUGUUAAGCAGCAAGAUCUUGCUGAAGCAACCAAUCCUCUGGUCCAUCAACUCUCAAAUGAAAGCAGGGUUUCCCGAGCAGACUCUCUCUGUGAGUUCUUUGAUGCACAGGAAGUCUUGCUGUCAGCGAGCUCAUCAGAGAAUGAGGCCUCAGAUGAUGAUUCAUAUGUCAGUGACAUAAGUGACAAUGUUUCAGAGGAUAACUUGAGCACCGACGCAGAAACAAAUGCUCAGAACACAUGUCCUGCUCAAAAUGGUACAAGUCACAAUGUUAGAAGAAGAUCAUGCCUGCCUGUUCCCGGACCAACCAAUAGUAACAUAAGCUUGUGGAAUAUUCUAAGGAAUAACAUAGGGAAAGAUCUUUCUAAAGUUUCCAUGCCAGUUCAGUUAAACGAACCAGUGAACACGCUCCAGCGCCUCUGUGAAGAGCUGGAAUACAGUGAGCUACUGGAUACGGCAUCUCAAACUGAUGACCCAUUUGAAAGGAUGGUGUUUGUCGCAGCUUUUGCAGUUUCAGCAUAUGCAUCUUCAUAUUACAGAGCUGGAAGUAAGCCAUUUAACCCAGUUCUAGGGGAGACAUAUGAAUGCAUAAGAAAAGAACAAGGCUUCUGGUUUAUUGCUGAACAGGUCAGCCACCAUCCUCCAAUAUCUGCAUGUCACGCUGAAUCAAAAAACUUUACUUUCUGGCAAGAUGUGAGAUGGAAGAACAAGUUCUGGGGUAAAUCAAUGGAGAUUGUUCCAGUUGGUACAAUUCAUGUAACUCUACCAGCGUAUGGAGAUCAUUAUGAAUGGAGUAAAGUAACCUCUUGUGUACACAACAUUUUGAGUGGACAGAGGUGGAUAGAGCAUUAUGGAGAUAUUCUCAUUAAAAAUACAAGUAACAGCAUUUGCCAGUGCAAGUUGACAUUUGUGAAGGCAAAAUAUUGGAAUUCAAAUGUUAAUGAGGUUGAGGGGACAAUAAUGGACGACAGUGGAAAGGUAGUAAAUCGACUGUUUGGGAGAUGGCAUGAAGGUUUAUAUUGUGGAAAACCCCCAUCGGCAACCUGCAUCUGGAGACCAAAUGCCAUGCCAAAAGAUUUUGAGCAGUACUACGGUCUCACCAAAUAUGCACUAGGAUUGAAUGAAAUGGAACCUGAUGAAAAGUUAUACCUGCCACGCACUGAUACAAGAUUCAGACCUGAUCAAAGAUGCUUGGAAGAAGGUAACAUAGAGGCUGCAGAAGCUCAGAAAGAAAGAAUUGAGCAGCUUCAAAGAGAAAGGAGGAGAAUUCUUGAAGAAAACAACAUGACACAUCAACCUCAUUUUUUUAGACUAUCUUGCGAAGGUGAAAAGGAAAUGUGGGUGAGCACAGGAACCUACUGGGAACUUCGGAAGGAUCCAGGCUUCGACAAGCUUGACAGCCCGAUACUUUGGUGACAUUGUAACACUUUGCUUCAUUCUAUGUUUCAUGGGUAUUGUCAUUUAUUUAUUACUAAUAUAUCUGUACCAUCUUCAUUCGGUAAUCUUCAAAUAUGUGGUCAUUUCUCUAUUUAUUCAUUCUACAUUUGGAAAGGUAUUAAAACUUAGCUCUGACUGAUUUGAUGCCUUAACAAACUGCAGAAUCUAAAACUUGUGCAAUCUUUGCUUCAAAUAUAACUUUAAGCAUUGCAGAAUUUGAUUAUUUACAAGAUACAUAGCACAAACAGUAGGUGCAUAAUAUAUAAAUAUUUAUUGCUUGCAAAGAGAAUGAACAAGUGUCCCUCUAUAAACUAGUAUCUCAACAUGUUAUUGUGGUGUUCCUUUUACUAAGGUACGUAGCAUACUUCCAAUACUGAAUUUAUUCCAAACAAAGUACAGAAUCAUUGAAUGGCAAUGGCAUGCAUCCAAGGUACAUUAAUAGUCAGAUGUAUUUAUAUAAUGUACCUGCUUUGAAAAUAGAACACUCUAAGAUCCUUCAAAUAAAACAUUCCUAUGAUGAAAAAUUGUCAUGAAGGCCAUGAACCUUCUGCUACAUUCAGACCAAUGCUGACAUCAGCACAAAACUACAUUUAAAACAUUUUUUGUCCUGGUCUUUCUGCUUGUUUCCUUCCCUGUCCUCACCAAUUCGGAAAAAGUGUGCCUGAGCUUGUGGAAAAAUGUUGAAAAACCAAAAGAGAGCUUGAUGCAAGUGAUUUUAACCCUUGCCUAGUAACUGGAAACAGAUUCAAAAUUUGUACCGAUGUCUAUUUUUAACCCUAGCGGAAACAUGAAUCUUACCCCAACAAAAUCUUGUCAAUGCGUGGAAAUACGUUUUUAAACCUAUCUAAUUAAGAUUUGCUGAAUGCACACCCGGUUUAAGGAAGGUCAAUGAUCCAUGAAUGCUGAGGUGUAAAUGUUGGAUUUUUUUUCACAAUUUUUCCUGUGUCUACUACAGCUCAGUUGGUAGUGCCCUCAUCUCUGAGCCGCAUGAUUCUAUGUUAAUGUUCAUGCCUUGAAUGCACAACACCAAAGGCUGACAUUCCAUAGUGUUGCUGAGGGAGUACUACAUUGUCAUUCAGAUUAAAUAUUAUAACUAAGGCUCCAUGUGCCCGUACAAGUGGAUGUAAAAGUUCCCAUGGCACUAUUUUGCAGAAGAGCAGGAGUGUUACUUCUUCUGUCCAGGCCAAUAUCUAUUGCUCAAUCAACGUUCCUAAAACAUUAUUAUUACAUUGUUAGCCACAUGCACAUUUUUUAAAAUGUUGGUGGAGUUUGGUUAUUAGUCUACGAGACAACCUAAGAAGAAGCACUUAAAUUUGUAGAUACUUCUGCUUGAUCACAGUUGCUAAUAUAUUGAUGUACAACUGAUCCUGUAUCAAAUAUAAACUUGUCUGUUACAGCACAUAAAGUAGGCCCUGGAAAGCUGUUGAUGGGUUUUACCAUUCUGAAAAUGUGCAGGAUUUUUUUUUUGUACACAUUCUACCUCUUUCAAGAAAGCAAAUAAUUUUAUCUUGUCAGGCUCUUAAUGCUGCAUGUGAAUCCCCUUUUGCCUUAAACUAAAUCACUCCUCGAGAAAACUGUGGCCUUUUUGAUAUGAUGACAGUACAAUCCUCAAACCACAAGCUUAUCAGAAGGGGAAACUGUUUCCUUCUAUUUCGGCUUCCUGUCUUGUCUGCUGUGAAUUGACCUGCAAUUUAUCAUCAGCAAGGUAGUAGCAAUGGUAAUGCGCACGAGUUGCUGGCAACAUUUGAACUCUACUUGGGGCUAAUCUGUUUUACCUUACUUCACUGAGCCUGCUUUAGUUUCUCUUUCCCACAUCUCAAAGACAGAAUGAUAGUUAUGUGGUAACUUUGUGUAAAAUGCCAUCUAGUGGCAGGUCAGUUUAGGUUUAUUGCGUCUCCAGCUCUCUCAUGUAAAAUGAGCUAGUGAUUCUAUGGGAGGUAUGCAAUAUUUAAGUCAAAAACUACAAUAUUGGAUUUAAAGUAAUGGAAUGGAAGUUUUCUUUGCGGUAUAAUUGAGUUAUAGUGCCAUUAAAAUGUAACAUCUUUUCAAAAAUAUAGCAGUUUACAAUGUGUUGAAUGAGUUGAAAUGUACGAUUGAAGUGAUACUUUGAGUGCAUUCGUGCAAACAACUUGUGUAGAUUUUUUAUGUUUACAUAUGAUGCUGCUUUUCUCCAUUUUAUGUUGUUGAAUCAUUUAUAAGAUAGGAAAUAAUUUUCUAACUGAUCAAUAUUGCUUCACAGCGCUGUACAGCACAAUAACUUUGAUAAAACCACAAUUUGGCAGUUUCCACUAUUCUCUGAUUGCCUGUCAAAGGAUUGUUAUAAAGCUUCAUUACAGGAGAAUUCAGAUGUUAAUGUAAGUGCCUAAAAUUAACUGUUCCAGGUAGUUAGUUUUUCAGUGUUUUUGAUGAGUCCAUUUGUUGUCAUUAGUAACCCUGCAAUUUGUCAUAACAAAUAAUCACCUGGAAGGGCACCAAUUAAUGUGAGUAUUCAGUUAGGGGAUCACCCUUCUCAUUCCACUUCACUACUUAAAUAGAUGAAUUCUUUAAAUAGGAUUAGUACUUCUGAACACAGUCAUUUUCUAAGUAACAUUAGUUGUCAGUUUAUGUAGCUUGAAAUCAGUGCAUAAAUAUGAAUUAUGAUGGCCAGCCAAGACAUUGGAUGACCACCUCCAAACAUUGUACUUUUUAUGGUUUUAAAUCGUUUCUUGCACUAUACUACAUUUCCAAAAUUUGAAGAUUAGUUACUUGUUCCCAGUCUUGCACUACUUACUAAACACCACCUGUUGGUUCCUUGCUUUUUAUUUGUUCAUCCUCCCCUCCUCAAUUCUGCCUUGUACUUCCCUGUCAGGAACAUGCAAAUUAGGUCUCAAACUAAUUUUUCAUAUUUUCAGGACUGAUAUUGGAUGAGAAUUGUUUUUGUUCUAAACUUAAUUCCACCUAAAAAGGAACACAUUCAGUUUCUCUCAGCAAUGCAGAGUUUAAUGGCCCUCUUGCAUUCACAUUUCAGAAAGUUGAAAUUUUACUGCGCUGCAGUUUAAUUUACCGAUGGAGGAUAUCAGCAGCUUAUUGCCAGACUGCACUUUUUACUAGGUUUUUAAACUGACUCUUAUUUAGUAGUACUCUUGCUGCUCACUCAAGUGAUCUCAAGAUUGUGUUACAGAACUUAUCCUCUGAAAGGUAACAAAGGCUUACGUCCGAAUUGCUUAUAACUCCCAUUGUAAAUUCUGCAAACCAUCAAUAUAAAAUAUUGCUCACCUUAAGGAGAUAUUUACAUUUUUUGUUUACAAUUUGUAUGUCAACAUUUGUUAUUCAGAUGUUCUAAGCACCAAAAAAAGUCUGAAGCUUGUAGGAGGUGGGAGAGGAGUUGUGUACACUGAUUCCAUUUGAAGGAACUAAAAUGCAGAAACUGAUUUGUAGAUUUAAUUCAUUAUGCUUUUGUAAGAGGAAGAUGGCUACAAUUCAGUAUAUAUUCUGUAUCUAAGUUAUUAAAAAAUAAACUGGUUUUACUGGAAUAUGAUCUAAUGUGUUCUGUAUGAAUGAGACCUUUGUGUAUCAUGCUCUUUAAUGGGGUGUAACUUGUUAACUUGAUACAUUAAAAUGCAAAAGCUUUAAAUGCUCCAACAUGAGCAUUAUUUGUAUGCUAUAUUCCCCGGA